CCGGUAACGCGCAGGCGCGGAUGAGAGCGCGUACCGCAGAGCCGAGGGAGGGGUCACGAACUCUGACCCCCCCCACAAAAACACAAACCCCAAAAGCCCCCUGCCCCCACUUUUCCUUACCCUACCCCCUUGAGCUUUCUCCAAUCUGUCUCUUCCCGGAACCCCAAGCAGCCACCACAGUGGGACUGUCCGGUCUACGCCCGGCGCGGGACGCAGCUCUUCGGAGAAGCUCCGGACAUUUUGGCAAUUAAAACAUGGCAACCAUAGAAGAAAUUGCACAUCAAAUUAUUGAACAACAGAUGGGAGAGAUUGUUACCGAGCAGCAAACUGGCCAGAAAAUCCAGAUCGUGACGGCACUUGAUCAUAAUACACAAGGCAAGCAGUUCAUUCUGACAAAUCACGAUGGCUCUACCCCAAGCAAAGUCAUUCUGGCCAGGCAAGAUUCCACUCCAGGGAAAGUUUUCCUCACUACUCCAGAUGCAGCAGGUGUUAAUCAGUUAUUUUUUACAACUCCUGAUCUGUCUGCACAACAUCUCCAGCUCUUAACAGAUAAUUCUUCCCCAGACCAAGGACCAAAUAAGGUUUUUGAUCUUUGCGUAGUAUGUGGAGACAAAGCAUCAGGACGUCAUUAUGGAGCAGUAACCUGUGAAGGCUGCAAAGGAUUUUUUAAAAGAAGCAUCCGAAAAAAUUUAGUUUAUUCAUGUCGAGGAUCAAAGGACUGUAUUAUCAAUAAACACCAUCGAAACCGCUGUCAAUACUGCAGGUUACAGAGAUGUAUUGCAUUUGGAAUGAGACAAGACUCUGUUCAGUGUGAAAGAAAACCUAUUGAAGUAUCACGAGAAAAAUCUUCCAACUGCGCCGCUUCAACAGAAAAGAUCUACAUCCGAAAAGACCUUCGAAGUCCAUUAGCUGCAACUCCAACUUUUGUAACAGAUAGUGAAACUGCAAGGUCAGCAGGGCUGUUAGAUUCAGGAAUGUUUGUGAAUAUUCACCAGUCUGGAAUAAAAACUGAGUCAACUGUGCUGAUGACACCAGAUAAGGCUGAAUCAUGUCAGGGAGAUUUAAGUACAUUGGCCAGUGUCGUUACAUCAUUAGCAAAUUUUGGAAAAACUAAAGAUCUUUCUCAGAAUAGUAAUGAAAUGUCUGUGAUUGAAAGCUUAAGUAAUGGUGAUACCUCUUUAUGUGAAUUUCAUCAAGAAAUGCAGACCAGUGGAGAUGUUUCAAGGGCAUUUGACACUCUUGCAAAAGCAUUGAAUCCUGGAGAGAGCACAGCCUGUCAGAGCUCAGUACAGGGCAUGGAAGGAAGCGUACACCUAAUUGCUGGAGACUCGAGCAUAAAUUACAUCGAGAAAGAGGGGCCACUUCUCAGCGAUUCACAUGUAGCUUUCAGGCUCACCAUGCCUUCUCCUAUGCCUGAGUACCUGAAUGUGCACUACAUUGGGGAGUCUGCCUCCAGGCUGCUGUUCUUAUCAAUGCACUGGGCACUUUCGAUUCCUUCCUUCCAGGCUCUAGGACAAGAAAAUAGCAUAUCAUUGGUGAAAGCUUACUGGAAUGAACUUUUUACUCUUGGUCUUGCCCAGUGUUGGCAGGUGAUGAAUGUGGCAACUAUAUUAGCAACAUUUGUCAAUUGUCUUCACAGUAGCCUUCAACAGGAUAAAAUGUCAACAGAAAGAAGAAAAUUAUUGAUGGAGCACAUCUUUAAACUACAGGAGUUCUGUAACAGCAUGGUUAAACUCUGCAUUGAUGGGUAUGAAUAUGCCUACCUGAAGGCAAUAGUACUCUUCAGUCCAGAUCAUCCAGGCCUAGAAAACAUGGAACAAAUUGAGAAAUUUCAGGAAAAGGCAUAUGUGGAAUUCCAAGAUUAUAUAACCAAAACAUAUCCAGAUGACACCUACAGGUUGUCCAGACUGCUACUCAGAUUGCCUGCUUUGAGAUUGAUGAAUGCUACCAUCACUGAAGAACUGUUUUUCAAAGGUCUCAUUGGCAAUGUAAGAAUUGACAGUGUCAUCCCACAUAUUUUAAAAAUGGAGCCUGCAGAUUAUAACUCACAAAUAAUUGGUCACAGCAUUUGAAACCUGAGAUGUCGGUAUAAACUUACCGUUGUUUCCCAGAACACAAGAAGACACCAAAUUGAACUCAUUGCUUCCAGGGUAUCAGGAAAUUUUUACUUUAAAGAGUAACCAAAAACCCAGGAUGUUUUUAUUGUGACUUCUUAAGAAUUUUUGAAGUGACUAGGCAGGUGGCAGGAAUUAGAAUUUCCCUUCCUGUCUUAUUUAAGUGAAUAAGAAAUACUAUGAAUUUAUUCUUGGUUAAGAUGCCACUUCUUGGCAUCUAAACUAAGAUCACUCAUAUUUUAUCUUAUAAAACAAAUAAAUUAGUCUUUUUUUUUCCAGAAUUGUGUUCUAUUCAUGUUUUUCAUUAUGAACUAGUACAAACACUUAAUCUUCAGAAAUCCCUAAGGAGGAUUUCCUUGCUUUUUACUCUUCCAUAAUAUAAUCUGUUUAAUUACCAUGUAAAAGAUUAUUUUAUGCUCAAUGGUAUAAUAACAUUAGAACCAUAGGAAAUAAUAAUUGAAUAUAUAUAUAUAUUUUUUUUGUCUUUUGUAAAUAUUAUGACACCCUUAGCAUAUACCGCUCUCAUUGCUGGCGAUGAGACAUAAGCCUACAUGAUCUCAAGACUUUUUUUAGUGUUGUAUAUUAUUAGUUACAAGCACUUUUUAUUUAUGUAUGUAGCAGAAAAUUGUUUUUUGAGAAUGAGAUAGGGUUCAUGUUGUAAUAUGUUUGGUUUACUGCUGUGUUUUAUUAAAAGUAGUAGAGACUGAGCCCAAAAUGUUUCAGUAUUUUAAAAUAGAUAUUAAAAUUGUUGCUCUUCCAUUCCACAAACAGCAUUGGACUUCUCUCCCUCUUUUCUGACCUGCAUUAGAACUUCCUGACGCUUCAAUGAGUUUUAGCCCUUCUAGGUUUUAGAAAUACCCAAGUUGUUAAAUAAUGAAUUUAUCAUAGCCAAUCUGUGUUUCGAAGGUGAGUUAAACAAUUAUUUUAAAGCAAAUUGAUAAUUUUUAAAAAUUUAAGUUUUUUAAUAUGUAAAGGAAUAUGCACUGAUGUUCCACUGUAAAGGGGGGAAAGCUUUUUUGCCAGUAGUAUGAACAUCAGCCUGAAGCCUUGUUGCCACAGCAAAACCAUUUUAGACUCCUUGGAUGCCUUCCACAGUAAUGUUUUCCUUAGCAAACAUGAUACUGUUAAAUCUUUCUUCGUUCUGAUUGUCAUGAUGAAUUAUUUUGGUAUGUCUAUUUGUUGAUUUAAAAAAAAUGGAGAUUUUAUUGCACUCAGAGUACAUUUUCUAUAAAAAAUUUUUACAAUAGAAAAGCUGAAUUUAGGGGAGGGUGUGGAUUUUACUAAUUGCUACUUUAUAGUAAAUCAGAAGUUUAAAAGUUAUCAACUUACAGUCUUUACCAACUUACUAAGGGAAACUUUUUUCCCCAUUUAAGAUGUGAUUUUUGUCAUCAGGUUUAUUUAUAAUUAUCAGCCGGGAAAAACUACAUUUAGUACAAAAUAAUUCAAAUAGAAAAAUCAGUAGGUUUAUAUCUUUAUAAACCCAAUGAAGUAAGCCAAGGAUUCAGGAAAAUAAUUCCUUUAAGAUAAUGUACUAAUGGUUAAUUAAGAUACAUGUUCCUUUCAGGUAUUUUUCCUGAUUAAAUUUGUAGUUAUAUUUGGAAGUGUUUUUAAAACUAUAUUAAAAUGUGACCUACAUUAAAAAUGUCCAUUUAUUUGAUUUCAGAGUCCUGUUUGUUGGGUGUUUGGUCAUCCAUUUGUUCUAUUGUUAAGAAAUCUCUAACAGAAUUUAUUAAUUGGGAAGAGAAAUGCAUGGAUUAUUUACAAUUCAGUUUGAAGAAUUUGUGCUAAAACUGCAGAUUGUCAAUUUAUUUUCUCCUGAAAUUUCAGUAAAAUAACAGUAAAGUGUAACCACACAAUGAUAAAUAAAACAGGAAACAAGAAAUCAAAGGAUAAGAGAAUUCAGUAAAUUCUUGGAAAACAAAAUGCGGGUAGAGAAAGACUGACUCAUUAGCAGAGCCAGAACCAAGGAAGCUCUAAUCUCAGUGCCUGCAAAAGGCAGUUCAGUGAGAAAGGCCAGUAUCCCCAGAAAAGAUGCUCAGUACCUGGAAGAGCUGGUGCUCAUAUUCAGAGACGAUGCUUGGGACAUUUAAAAAAAAAAGAUUGGUUGCAAGUCCAUGUACAAAAUCAUUGAAUUACCUUUUUCUGCCCUUACUUAAGUCAGCUGACCACUUUUUGUCCUUCAGCCUUUUUGAUCAGAAGGCCAGAGGUUAAUUCUCUUGAGCAACUGAACUGGAAGAUCAGACUUAACAGGGUACCAAGAAUAAUAGAAAGCCUGGGUUAGAUACGUAUAGAGUUGAAAAUAUGGGUUAAGUGAAAAUCUGCAUUCUGAAUGUGGGCGCUGUAAUCAUGUUCCCACAAUGCUGGCCAUGGGUAUAGGCUUCUCUGCCAGGGUUUUUUUCUUCAGAGAAAUUAAUUGGCCUUAGAGAUCUCCAGAUACUCACUUUUGGUUGUAUCUCAGUGAAAAGCCUGCUUGCCACUUUAUCAUUCUUCAGUGAAGCCCACUAAUUUCAAGUCAUAGCAGCAUACAUGGGGUUUCUAUUCAACUCUUUAUUGACUAGUAUUAAAUAUGAACUUAGAACCAGGAUCACCAGAUGAUUGAGGAAAAUCUCCAGUACAUAAGAGAUCUGACAUUGUUAGGGCUGAGGGGAGGCAUACAUAAUAUACUAGCUCCAUCCACGUCGUUACUAAUGGCAAGACUUCAUUCUUUUUGGUGA